AUGAAGCAUGCCAUGAUGAUGGAGUUGACAGACGGCAAGCUCUUCUACGCCCCAGUCGGCGAGAAUCCGCAGAAGAUUAUUGAUCUGGGGACUGGCACGGGAAUAUGGGCUGUUGAUGUCGCCGACAAAUACCCCAGCGCACAAGUGCUCGGCGUCGACCUCAGUCCGAUUCAACCGUUGUGGGUUCCGCCAAACUUGAAGUUUAUCGUCGACGAUAUCGAGGAUGAGUGGAUGCAUGGCGACGACUGGGACCUAGUACAUUUGCGCUGCAUUAGCCCGUGGCUGAAAGACCAACCCAAGGUCCUCCGGAUGGCAUAUGAACACAUGAAGCCCGGUGCCUGGGUCGAAAUCCAAGAGUUCGAUUCGAGAGCUAAUUGCGACGAUGGAUCUCUACCGGAGGACGCGCCAUUGAAAAGGUUCUUUGACACCGCAUCCGAAGCCGUCAAGUCCUUCAACAUGAACUUUCGCGCGGGCGAGAACCUCGGAGACAUGAUAAAAGAAGCUGGCUUUGUCAACGUCGGUUGUGUCAAGCUAAAGGUCCCCAUCGGCACUUGGGCAAAGGACCCAAAGCUGCGCUUGAUUGGCAUGUAUCUCAGGACUGCAGUAAAUGACAUGUUUGGCGCCAUGGCAGCUAAGCCCCUCCGCAAAGUGAUGGAUCCCGUAGAGAUUGAGCUGUUCCUGAAGAAAGCUAGGGAGGAUUUGAGCAAUCCAAACAUCCAUGCCUACGAGAAUUAUUUCUUCUGGACGGGACAGAAGCCGAAAAAUGUGGGAAAAGGUAAGGGGACAGACCCAGAAUGA